AUGACAAAGCAGAAGUCUAAACCAGGAGUGAUCCAACGGGAUCUUGAUAACAAAGUGUACAAUCACAUUCUCCAAUUACUAGAUGAUAAAACGGAUACAUUGAAAUCGUCUGCUCUAUCCAAAGAUGAAGCCAGCAACGGUGUAUUCACCAUGGCGUUAGCUAAAGAUUUACAGUUCGAUGAAAUUGUACAAUACAUCAGGUUAAAGGACAAGAGUUUGGGCCGUAUGAAGAUGGAUAUACUGCGCAAAAGUAUUGAAAGAACUUGGACAGAAAUUAGAGAUGAAGAAGCAGAAGAGAUUUCAACCCUUGGCAUAGAUCUCGCUAGUACCGGUAAUGACGAUCCAAACUUUAUCGAUGGAGAGGAGGAUCCAGCAGCUGAACUCAUGGAGGUCAAGGACUUGAAUUUGGCCAACAAAAAUAUAGUUAAUUUAUGGAAAGCGCAAGAGAGCAGUCCAGCAAACAAAGAUAACAUUGACUCGAAUGAUCCACUGAAUGUAACCUCCAAUACUGAAAAUAAUUUGAAUGGUAAUAAGAAAAGAAAGGUAAAGGACAAAGAGUCAAAAACAAAGAGAGUCAAAGUGGAUAGAUCACCCCCAAAUAUGUCGCUGAAGUCUCUCGGUGGUCUCGAUGAUGUUUUCGCAGAAUUGAUGGAAGUGGUGGGGAUGCCAGUAUUACAUCCUGAAAUUUACAUCUCUACAGGUAUUCAGCCACCAAGAGGUGUGCUCCUCCAUGGACCACCAGGUUGUGGUAAAACAACAAUUGCAAAUGCUUUAGCUGGUGACCUCGGUGUCUCGUUCAUCAAUAUCAGUGCACCGAGUGUCGUCAGUGGAAUGUCUGGUGAGAGUGAGAAGAAAGUACGUGAAUUGUUUGAAGAGGCAAGAGGACUUGCUCCGUGUAUUGUCUUUAUUGAUGAAAUUGAUGCGAUCACCCCUAAGCGUGAUGGUGGUGCGCAAAGAGAGAUGGAGCGUAGAAUAGUGGCACAAUUACUAACGUGCAUGGACGAAUUGACACUGGAGAAAACCGGAGGAAAACCAGUCAUUGUCAUUGGUGCAACGAACCGGCCAGAUAGUUUAGAUGCAGCACUUAGACGUGCUGGAAGGUUUGACAGAGAAAUAAGUAUUAACGUUCCGAGUGAACCGGCAAGAUUGAACAUUUUGCAACACAUGACGGAGAACUUGAAAGUUUCUGGCGAAUUAGGAUUAAGCGAACUUGCUAAAUUAACGCCUGGUUUUGUUGGUGCCGAUUUGAAGGCAUUGGUUACAUCUGCCGGUGUUGCCGCUAUCAAAAGAAUUUUUAGUAAUCUUUCCGAUGAAAAUGGAAAAUUAGUUGGAGGGCUCGACAACGAUAUUGAUGGUAAUGACAACAAUGACCAAAUGGACAUAGAUAACGAUGAGUUUGUUACUCCGUUGACCACUCCACUAACACCAUCAAAUGCAAAUUCCCUCGCAUCACUUGAAUCACACGAUUCUGAUAAGGAAAGCUCAACUAUACAAAAAUUCCUUGCUAAACAUCCUGAUCCUUUAACAGCAAAACAGUUAGAACCUCUAUCCAUUACUAGGGAAGACUUUUUGACUGCAUUGCCAACAAUUCAGCCCACAGCCAAGCGUGAGGGUUUUGCAACUGUGCCGGAUGUCUCAUGGGCUAAUGUUGGUGCUUUGAGUAAUAUCAGAAUCGAGCUACAUAUGGCUAUUGUUCAACCUAUAAAACGCCCUGAAAUUUAUUUACGUGUGGGUAUUACUGCACCUGCAGGAGUUCUCAUGUGGGGACCCCCGGGGUGUGGUAAGACUUUACUUGCAAAGGCUGUUGCCAACGAAUCUAAGGCUAAUUUCAUAUCUGUCAAAGGUCCAGAAUUAUUGAAUAAAUACGUGGGUGAGAGUGAACGAUCCGUGAGACAGGUAUUCUCUCGUGCUCGUGCAAGUGUUCCGUGCAUUAUCUUUUUUGAUGAGUUAGAUGCCUUGGUACCACGCAGAGACAGCAGUUUGAGCGAAAGUAGUUCACGCGUGGUCAACACAUUGUUGACCGAGUUAGACGGACUUAACAACAGAAGAGGUAUAUUUGUCAUUGGUGCCACAAAUAGACCUGAUAUGAUUGAUCCUGCUAUGUUGAGACCAGGAAGAUUAGACAAGACCUUGUACAUCGAGCUUCCAGACUCCAAUGAAAGACAUGACAUUUUGAAAACUUUGAUCAAAUCGAAUGGUACCCCUGUCUCAAAUAAUGUUGACCUUUGCAAAAUCUCACACGAUGAACGAUGUCGUAAUUUUAGUGGUGCUGAUUUAUCGUCCUUAGUGAGAGAGGCGAGUGUUAUUGCUUUGAAGAGAAAGAUAUUCAUCGGAAUUAAAGAUUUAGAUGAAAGCGUGGAAGAUCAUGAGGAGAUAAUGGACGUGGAAGUUACAGCCGAGGAUUUCGACAAAGCUCUUGAUACAACGAAACCAUCUGUUAGUGACAGAGAUCGCAUGAAAUACGAGAAGCUAAACAAGAGAUUGGGAUGGGAUAAGACCACUGUGAAUACCUCAACAGAGCCCAAAGAUGACGCAGCCGAUUUAUAA